UCAUACAAAGCCUCUCUUGUCAUCUUUUCUGAAAUACCUGUUGCCUUCGCUCUUACUGUUGUUUGCUGCUGCUGCUUUUCUUUGUCUUGCCCAGCAUCGCCAUCUCUGUCGCAUACAUCUUCUCGCCACGGCCUUGUAUAUAGCAUCGACGCCGAGUCCCCUUCACUACUCAGUCGCAAGCCUACCGGAUUUCUGGACGCAAUUAUGAAACACAUUUCCACCUUGGCACUCGCUGCCUCCACCAUCAUUGGCGCCGAAGCCAUCACUCUGCAAAAGCGCACCAACGAGGCUCCCAAGGUCGUCGAGUACGAGAUCCAAAGAAAAACGGUCAAAGAUCCCCUGAAGAGAGACCGCCUGAGGAGACGUCAAAACACUAUCUCGGCAACAUUGGACAAUGAGCAAACACUGUACUUUGCCAAUGCUUCGUUAGGAACACCGGCGCAGGACUUUAGGCUACACAUCGAUACCGGAAGUAGUGAUCUCUGGGUCAAUGUCGCCACUUCCACGCAGUGUGAGAACACUCAACAGUACGACUGCGCCACCUCUGGCACAUAUGCCCCCAACUCUUCCUCGACAUAUGAAUAUGUCAACAGUCUUUUCAACAUCUCCUACGUUGAUGGCUCCGGCUCAUCAGGCGACUAUGCCACCGACGUCUUCCGCAUCGGAGGUGCCACCCUCGAAAAUCAACAGUUCGGUAUUGGUUACGUUUCGAGCUCCGAAGAGGGCAUUCUUGGAAUUGGCUACCCUACCAAUGAAGCCAUUCUUCAGUACUCGAGACAAACCUACGUCAACGUUCCCCAAAAGAUGAUGCAGGAUGGACUUAUCAACACAAAUGCAUACAGUCUGUGGUUGAACGACCUCGACGCGUCUACCGGUUCUGUCCUCUUUGGUGGUGUAAACACUGAAAAGUACACUGGUUCUCUGCAGACAUUGCCCAUUCUUACUGAGCAGGGCAUCUAUGCUGAGUUCAUCAUUGCCCUCACUGGCGUUGGCUACAAUGGCAAAGAAAACUCUAUCGCCUCGAACGUCAACGUAGCUGCUCUCCUUGACUCGGGCUCAAGUUUGAUGUACCUUCCCAACGACAUUACAGAAUCUAUCUACCGCAUGACUGGUGCAAAGUACAGCUCCGACUAUGGUGCUGCCUUUAUCGACUGCAACCAGCGCUACAACGAGACCACCAUCGACUUCACCUUCUCGUCUCCCACCAUCCGCGUUAGCAUGUCGGAGCUGGUUCUUGUUAUGGCUUACCAAGGUCGCACCCCUGUCUGCAUCCUAGGCAUUGCACCUGCCGACGGAACCACCCCCGUUCUCGGUGAUACCUUCCUCCGCAGUGCCUACGUUGUCUAUGACAUCACCAACAACGAGAUUUCUCUCGCCCAGACAAACUUCAACAGCACCACCAAGGUCUCGGUGCUCUUGCCGCUGUUGGUGCCGCUGCCCUUUUCGCCUUGUAAGCAUUGGAUAUAGCGGGUGUUGAAACUGUUUAACGAAGGUCAUGACCUUUUGCUUUAUAUUCUUUCAUUGCUAUUGUUGUACAUAAAAAAAAGAGUGCUUCUAGGCACGGUCUCCUUUUUUUCCUCUCUACUGCAUACAUUUGGCGUUUAUACUCGUAUCUUUCCACUUUUCCAUUUCACAUUUCUCGAUAGCGGUUUGCUUUUUUGCUUUGCAUGCAGUACACACUUCGGACAUUGUGUCAAGAUCCUAGCCGAUGGAUAAAUUCAUCCCUGUUUUCUGCAAUACAUCGAGAUUCCUCUCCAGGUGUACUAUUGUGUGU